UACAUUGUGUCAUGUUUUUUACCUUAGUUUCUGUUUUGUUAUAUGUUAGUUUCUCAACACAGGACUUGAAUGGACCUAGAGCAGUGUCAUCUUUAAAACUUGUGCUUGUGGUAGCCAAACAUGGGACGAAAGCACCAAUGUACAGUUUUCCAAGUGACCCAAACUCUGACGUGAAGAAAUGGCCAGAUGGUGCUGGCCAGAUAACUGCGAUCGGCAAGAUGCAGCUGUUUAGGCUGGGCGAGUUGAUACGGAAGUUGUACAACGGCUACAUCAGUGAAAUAUACAAGAAGGAGCAGUUCCAGAUUGAAGCAACAAUGGUUGAGCGGACGAUGAUAAGUGGAGCGACUCUCGCCGCAGGAUUGUGGCCUCCGCGACGACAUCAGAUGUGGCACGACACAAUCUACUGGCAGCCGAUACCCAUCUACCCCAACUUCCUGGACAAGAGCUUGCUGGCUCUCACACCGUCCAUGUGUCCCAGAUAUUACAGGGAGCAGAAUGAAACUGUGAGAGUAUUCAAUGAAAGAGAUCCUCAGUACAAAGACAUCUUCGAUCUCAUGACUGUCAACACUGGAGCCAAUAUCACCACGUGUUCUCAAAUGUAUAUGGUCUGGGAAGUUCUGUCAUCACAGCUUGAGAACAACAUGCCCAUACCUCACUGGUCAAAAGAAAUAUUCCCAGAAAAGUUGCUGCCUAUCAUUAGCCGAAUUUAUAGAAUGGCAACUAUUAGAAACUUGAAGAUGACACGACUUGUCAAUGGUCUCUUCCUGGAGUACAUGAUGGAGAUGAUGGCCCUCAAGAAGAACAACAGUUCUCCAGAUGUGAGGAUGUACGUCCACGUCGGCCAUGAUGUGACACUGUUGUCACUCGUCAUGGCUCUCGGCUUCCCAGAGCCUCUUGUGAUGCCGUCAGGUGCUGCACUCUUCUACGAGUUACACAUCAACCCAGCAACUUCCAGCGGUUGGGAAGUCAAGGUUCUCAGGGUGAAUAAUAAUCACGAAGGUCCUACGCAUCCAGAAGUCUUGGAACUUCCCCACUGUCCAUACCCUUGUGAUUACAACCUUUUUCACAAGAACUCUGCCAGGUUCAUACCAGAGAACUGGUCCAAGGAAUGUCACGACUUAGAUUCACCUAGUGAUGAGCCACCUGGCAAACAGAGGAAAUAAACUGGUUCUCGUAUUUAAUGUUUACUUGAUCAUGAUACCAAAACUUCCCCUGCUCUAGCUGUUAAAUAGCUUUUAUAAGAAUUGUAACUUUUAAUUUUUAAAUAAGAGUUCAGUUAGACCA